AAAAAGCUGAAUCUUUAUGCAAAGAAUUUAUAAAUUUUUUUCCUAAAAGUUAUUCUUUAAGAUGUAUUUUAGCGUAUAUUUAUAGAUGUCUUAACAAUUACGAGCAAGCUCACUUAUUUUUAAAAGAAGCUAUUAAUUUAAGUCCCAAAAGACCAGUUGCUUAUUUUAUUUGUGGAGAAAUAUUUUUUAGACAAAAUAAAUAUGAUGAAGCAAUAAAUAUUAUAGAAAAAUCAUUAGAAUAUAAAAAAUGAAUAACUCAUAUAUAUUACUUGGAAAUAGUUACUUAUCACGUACUAGCUAUUAUGGUUAUAUUAAUUAUAGUAAUUGUACAGCAGCUAUAGAAAAUUAUAAUAAUGCAUUAAAAAAUGAUCCAAAUAAUUAUUUAUGUCUUAAAAAUUGUGCAUACGCUUAUGAAAUGGGAGAAGAUUAUUUAAGUACAUUAAAUUUAUUAGAUAAAUUAUUAAAUAUCAAUAAGGAGGAUUCUUUGGUUUUAUGUUAUUAUGGAGAAAUUUUAUAUAAUAUGACACAAUAUAGAAAAUCUAUAUCAUACUUUACAAAAGCUUAUACUAUAGAUCCAGAAAACAUCCAUAACUUGAAUAGGAGAGCUAUUACAUACUGUGUUAUUAAAGAAUAUGAUAAAGUAUUAUCAGAUCUUGAUAAAAUUAUACAAUUAGAUCCAUUAAAUAGUUCAGCAUAUUAUCUUAAAAGUUUAACGUAUUAUACAAAGAAUGAUAGUAACAAUGCUAAAAUAUCAUUUAAAAAGUAUGCAGAAUUAUUGAAUUCUGAUAAUAUUUUAGCAAAGAUUCAGUUAUUACAUCUAGAAUACUUACUAAAUAAAAAUAGUUCUAAAGAUUUAAACGAUAUAUUAACAAAAAUCGAUCAAAUUCAUUAUAGUAGUAUUAAUGAAAAAGUAUUUCUACGGUUUAUUAAAUGCAAAAUUUAUAUUGAAUUAAAAGAGUAUAGUAAAGCAAGACUAAUUUUAGAUUGUACACCGUACUAUGAUGGAUUUGAAUCUAUGAGUUAUUUUAUACAAGAUCAUCCCGAUUUUUGGUCAUAUUUAUAUAAAGUUUGUGAAAUUAACAAAAAUGAUUUUACCAAAUUUGGAAUUGUCGAUGAAUUUAGUAAAUAUAUGUAUCGAAAACGUGAAGUAUAUUUUGUUUCAAAUCUUACAAAUUUGAAUAGUGAACUUUGUCAAUUUCAAGAAAGUGAUAUAAGCAGUUUAUCAGGGCUGGUAUUGUCUUCUAAAAAUGAAAAGCUUCAUUUGGUUUUACCUAUACUAAACUUUAUUUAUACUUAUGAUUAUUUCAUUUGUAAAAUGAAUGUUAAAAAAAUAUUAUCUAAGGAUUGCUUUAUAAAAUUUACACUCAAUGGCAAUUAUCGAGAUUAUAUGUUAAAACAUGAAGAUGUAUCAAAACUUGAGGGGUUAGGUUGGAUAGAAUAUCAGACUUCAAUACGUGACCUACAUUAUGAUGGUCAAUUUUCGAUUGAAAUUGAAAUAAAUUCAAUUGAAAUGCAAAUAGAAUAUAUUCGAUUAAGUUAUAGUAGUCAACCCAUAAUAACUCACUUUACCAACAUAAGUUCAAUGGGUUAUUUAUUUCCAGUUUAUCAUAAAUUUUUCUCAAAUGUUCCAGAAACUUUCAAAGACAAGUAUUUUUCAAGAAAAGAAAUGGAAAAUUUACUUGAUUUAAAAGAUAUCCUUAACUAGUGUUUCGAUCCGUUUCCGGGUUCAACCGGAUAAACCCGGAUAAAUUUUUUUUUUAGGUAUCCGGAUAAUUACGGUUUUUACCCGGAUAAAUAUCCGGAUAAAAAAUAGUAAGAUUAACCCGGAAUCCGGAUAAAAAACAAUUUUUUUUUAAAAAAUUUAAAUCACUUAUUAAUUUUCAUAACACUUCAUAUAUUUUUAAUACUAUGAUUCAAUUUGGUAAAUUCAUAUUAUAUAAAGGCUAGAUUUUACUUUAAAGAUAUAAUAAUAUAUUUUUUAUUAUUUUUAAUUAUUCAUUAACUACAAGGAAAUAAUUUUAAAUUAUAUCGCAUAAUUUGAAUAUAAAAUAU